CAUAGGACAAUUUCAAAACAAAACACACGUCCUUGUUCUAAGCCACUCUCAAUUCGUUUCAAUUUUCAACUGGGAUCGGCUUUAUUCAGUUCCAUUUUCUUCUGAUUCCACGCCAUUAUUAACCGACACCAAGCUUUUCCAAUUUUCAACCCACCCUUCCUCCUUUUCGCCUCAAAUCCUUCGUUUGAUUCGAGCAGAAUGAUUCCAGAUACUCUUAACCCGGCCGAUGACUCUGACGGUAUCCGCGAUCGGCUUCGAGAGCACCUACUAGUGGUGAACGAGGAAACGGAAAGCGGAGGAGUGGAUGAUCAUGUGAAGAUUCGGAUACGUAAUUUGACGAAGUUUUCGGACGGAAAGGAGAAUCCGAUUCUGAGAGGUAUCAGUGUGGAUAUACUUAGGGGGAAGAUCGUCGGAAUUAUUGGCCCGAGCGGCAGCGGCAAAUCCACAAUGCUUAGGGCUCUCAAUCGGCUGUGGGAGCCGCCAGCGGAGACGGUGUUUCUGGAUGGCCACGAUAUCGUCGAUCUCGACGUUCUCGGCCUUCGCCGGAAAGUCGGGAUGCUCUUCCAAAUUCCUGCCCUAUUUGAAGGCACUGUUGCUGAUAAUAUCAGAUAUGGUCCACAGUUAAGGGGAAAAAAGCUUAGUGAUGAUGAAGUUCAUAAGUUACUCAAUCUAGCAGACCUAGACUCCUCGUUCUUUAGCCAGAUUGGUUCUGAACUAUCGGUUGGGCAGGCUCAACGAGUCGCGCUCGCUCGGACCUUAGCGAAUGCACCUGAGUUUAGCAAUGAAUCCAACUUCUGCGUUAUGUUAGUAUUGUUGAUCAUGGGCAUGUCUACUCUGCUGAAGGUAUUGUUGCUAGACGAGCCAACGAGUGCAUUGGAUCCGAUCUCGACUGAGAACAUCGAGGACGUGUUGAUGAAGCUGAAGACGAAAUGGGGAAUAACAAUCAUAAUGGUUUCCCAUAGCAUCAAACAAAUCCAGCGAAUUGCAGACGUAGUCUGCCUGCUAGUAGAUGGCGAGAUCGUCGAAAUCCUCCCACCCGACAAGCUCUCGGAAGCCAAACACCCAAUGGCCCUCAAGUUUCUCGAACUCAGCUCUUGAAACAGCCCUUCAUAUUGUGUCCUACGUUUGCAAACUCUCCUAGAAGUCGAAUAAUAUAAUGAACAUGGAACUUCUCUGGUAACUAUUAGAUGCAUGAAGCUCGAGAGAAAGUGUGAAAAUUGUAGGAAGAAAAAAGACAGAGUGAGAGGCCAAGUUUGUGGGCUUGAGAGUGGGGCGUCGGCAAACUGAACCAACAGGGGCGCAGGCCACGGGGGACCGAUCCAAUGGUCUGCUCUGUUGCACGCAGACCCCCAACAUCAGUCACGUGCUCAGUUGCCCACCGGACCCACAUUUACUUCUGCCACGUCACCAUCCCUGCUCUGUCUACAGUGUUUGUUCGAUCUUCACCUUUUUUUUAAUAUUAUUAUUAUUAAUUAUAAA